CGGUUAGUACUGAUUCUGGUACCGACUUGACAUGUACUACUAAACGCGGCCACUGCGGACGACGCUCGCGUGCGUUUUGACGACAACAACAAGUACAACAACAGUAACUGAAAAGCGACGUUGCGGGUUAUUGUUAUUUGUUCAUUAUUCUCCACAAGCGACAACUACAAAAAAAAAAAGGAAAACAGUUUGUGAGAAGCGGCUGGGCGGAGAAUUAAAAAGAACGAAGCGAAAGAAAGCCGACUUAAAAAUAAAAAUCGAAGAGGAGAGAAGCCAAAGGAGAAGGAGAGAGCACGAGAAAGAUACCCGGACCGAAAGCGGUAGCCAGACAAGGAGCGAAGACAGACUAUCUAGUCUGCAAAUUGACUCCUGAAUCCAAAGUCACUUAAAAAGAAAAACAAAAGGAAAAUGGUCAAUCAUCACUCAAAUGGCGGUGGCAGUGCCGGAAACAGCAGUGGAAGCCUACGAGGAGGCGGUGCUCAUGGCGGUGGCGGCGGCGGAGGAGAUUACUCCGGAGAUGAUCGCAGUGGCGGCGGCGAGGAGCGUGAGAGGCUGGACGGUGAUUUGCAUGACAAGCCCACCUACCUGCUGGAGCACCUGGCCACCUUUACGGUGAACAAAGAGUCUGGGAUUGUCUACCCGGCAGACGGAAUGCGGCGACUGCUGCAGCUGGAGAAGACCACGGGCAUCUGGUCACAGAAGAUGCAGCUCUGUUUGGACUAUCAGUGGGUGCUCAUCAUGGACUAUGAAACGGGGAACAUCAUUGAAAGAUUUCCCGCCUCGUUGGUCCAAGAGCCCACAGCCUUCACCUCCAACGAUGCCAUGGAGCUGUAUAAUAACAUUCUGGUCUUUAUAGUAUCCGGCGGCGGUGGUUCCCGCUCCGAGAUGCACAUAUUCCAGUCACAAAGCGUGUCCGCCGUCCAUUUGGUUGAGGACCUCAAGCAGCUGCGCAGCGGCAAGAUGAUUACGCAGCAGCGAGGAGCCACGCCCACGCAAUCCGGAGGUGGUGGAGCCUCCGGCAUGGCCAUGAUGAUGAGCAAGACUUCGUCGUCGUCCUCGCAUAGCCGUGUGGAGCUGCACCAGCACAGCAGGGAGCACCGUGUGGAUCGGGACAGAGAGCGCGAAAGGGAGCGAGAUCGAGAGCGGGAUCGGGAGAGGGAGAGCCAGCAUCACCACCACAUGCACCAGCGCAGCAGUGUUGAGCAGUAUGGUGUGCGAGCAGGAAUCGGAGGAGGCGACGAUGUGGCUCACAUUGGCGGGGAGACAGACUCGGAGCAUGGCGGCAUCAUUGUCGGCGGCGUCGGCGUAGGAGCAGAGCGAGACGAGACCAGCUCCACCUCCAGCGAGAAGUACGAACGGGAUGUGGCCGUUCUGAAUCAUUGUUUCGAUGACAUUGAGAAGUUUAUAGCCCGGCUGCAGCAUGCGGCUGCCGCUUCCCGGGAGCUGGAACGACGUCGUCGCAAUCGGAAGUCAAAGAAAAGAGAUCCUGGUGAGGGUUUGCUCACACUGCGGACUCGACCGCCGCACGAGAAGGAGUUCGUGGACAUCUUUGCCAAGUUCAAGCUGUCGUUCAAUCUGCUGGCCAAGCUGAAGGCCCACAUUCAUGACCCCAAUGCCCCCGAGCUGGUGCACUUCCUCUUCACGCCGCUGGCCCUCAUUGUGGAGGCGUCCAGUGACACCUACUACGAGUCGCAGCUGCCGGCACGCGUCGUGAAUCCGCUGCUCACCCGCGAGGCCAUCAAUCUGCUCAUCAACUGUGUGACCAGCAAGGAGACGGAACUCUGGCGCUCAUUGGGUGAUGCCUGGGUGAUCCCCCGCGAUCAGUGGAAGGACGAUGUGGGCUCCUAUCAUCCCGUUUUCCUCGAUGGCUGGUCCCCGGAUUACCUGAUCAACGAUGAGCUGGAACCGCCACCAAAUUCCCCGCCAGCUCAUGUCAGCAAGCGUCGGCUGGAGGUGCAAGCGGUGUCCUCUGGACUGAAUGGACGAGGAUACGAUGACUAUGACACUGGCAAUGGGAUGAAUAUGAGCAUGGGCAUCGAGAAGUACACCAUUCAUCAUGGCAACGAUGGGCUGAGAGAGCGGGAGCGAGAUAGAGAUCGGGCUGGAGCCAUCAGUGCCUCUGACUUUAACACCCGCAGCGAACUGUCCUUUGACUCGAUUGAGGGAAGGGGAGCUGGAGCAGCAGCGGGUCAUGGGCAUGGUCAUGGCCCUGGCCCAGGGCCCACCCUGAGCGCCAUCACAGCCGGACUUCAGAAUCUGCAUACGCGGGACAGUCGUGGUGGUAAUGGAUAUGGAGCCGGAGCUGGAGCGGGACCGGGACCCUCUUCGGAGCUGGGCAGGGGAGCAGCAAAUAUCAGCGAUGACCAAAUGCUCGAAUCCUGGCUGGAGGACCUCCAAGCAGGUGGCUCCAAAAUAGUGCUGGUUACCUAUCCCAGGACCGCCAACAAUGACAAGGAGCUGAGUGUAAUGCGAGGCGAAUAUUUGGAGAUCCUUGACGACACUAGAAAGUGGUGGAAGGCGCGCAAUAUGAGAGGACAGGUAGCCCAUGUGCCCCACACCAUUGUCACGCCCUUCAAUUAUGGCGAUGGCGAUGGAGCCCAAUAUUACGGUCAGCAGCAACAGCAGCAGCAGGCGGGUCCUGGCCUGGCCAACAAAUCGCGACCAGGGGAUAAUCCCAGUAUGGAGCAACGAUCACCGGACCCCACCGACAUGAUGCGCAGCAAGCAUCUGGGGAAGAAGGGCGAAUUCCGCUACUUCUAGGAUCCUGAUUCGGAUUCGGUCCACCAUAUACCAUAUAUACACGCAUUACAUAUUUCGUAGUGAGAAUCUAGCAUUAAGGAUGUUCCGUCUAGGAUGCUAGUCCCGAUUCCGAGGAUUCCGAUCGGAUUAGCUCCGAUGCUAAAACUUAAAAUAAGGACUAACCUAAGUGUGAGAGCUCCUGCAGAAAGGGAGCUUGAGAGCUUAUGUAGCUGAAGAUGCAGUUGGAAGAUAAAGGACAUGAAGAUGAGGAAUAUGAAGAUGGAGAUGAAGAAAGAGGAGAUGAAUGAAGAUGAAGCAAUAUGGGGAGGCGAAGGCAAUAAUUUGUUUAAAUAAAUUUAUAUCCAAA